AUGUCACGUGACCACUACUUCCUGUUGGUAGAAAGUGUGCAGGAAGCAGAGGGUACAAGGAGACACAGAGAAGGAAGUGACGUCAUGAUCAGAAGUUCCCGGGAGUGGAAGCAAGACGUGAGUUUGGUGUCUUCCUGUCCUGACAUGAAGAAGCUGGAGCUGCUGGACACUCUCUACAUCUCCAUGGAGGUGCUGGUGGCUCUGGCCGCUGUGCUGGGCAACGUUCUGGUGGUGCUGGUGGUGUGGCUGAACCGGGCCCUGCGCAACACCACCUUCUGCUUCAUGGUGUCCCUGGCGCUGGCUGACAUCUCGGUGGGGGUUCUGGUGAUCCCUCUGGCCAUCACCAUCAGCCUGGACAUCUCCACCCACUUCUACACCUGCCUCUUCCUCUGCUGCCUGGUGCUCAUCAUCACGCAGAGCUCCAUCCUCUCGCUGCUCGCCAUCGCCGUCGACCGCUACCUGAGGGUGAAGGUUCCCACCAGGUACAGCACCAUCAUGACCCAGAGGCGGGCCUACGUGGCUGUGGUUCUAUGCUGGAUGGUCUCCUUCCUCACUGGCCUGGUGCCCAUGAUGGGUUGGAACAACCGCCGUGAUCCGGUCAACCUCAGCCACCACGACUCCAUGGUGUGCAACUUCACCGACGUCAUUACCAUGAAGUACAUGGUCUACUUCAACUUCUUUGGCUGCGUGGUGGUGCCCCUGCUUAUCAUGAUCGUUCUCUACGGAGAGCUCUUCCGAGUGAUCAGCCGGCAGCUCAACCGACGCGCGGAGGCCACCUCGGACGGCGAACGCUACUACAGGAAGGAGUUCAAGCUGGCUAAGUCUUUGGCCUUGGUGGUGCUGCUGUUUGUGGUGUGCUGGCUGCCGCUGCACAUCAUGAACUGCGUGAGCCUAUUCGACGGGAAAGGUUCCAUACCUCAGCCGGCCAUCAAGGUGGGCAUUUUCAUGUCCCACGUCAACUCGGCCCUCAACCCCUUGGUCUACGCCUUCCGGAUUAAAAGCUUCCGUGUCAAGCUGCUGGAGAUCACCAGGCGGUGCACGUCCUGCAAAGCCAGGGAGCCCAGUCCAUACCCCUGCAGCAUGCCGGCGCAAACUGAGAAAGUGCCGCAUGAUCCUACAGAAAGUGCCAAGUGAGACCUUGGCGGACUUUUUCAGACCAGAGAUUUUCAACUCUUGGCUUUUGGGACUGAAGUUCACAGAGCUCUUCUGUCAUAUAGAAGAUCUUUGACUCACAUUUUGUCAGUAGGCCCUGUCAAGUCUUUGUCCUGAUCUUCAACUGGUCUUAAC